UUGUAGUUUGCCCAGGAGGACUGGACCAGCAGAGACAGAUAAUUAGCUGGCCACAGGAACCUGAAAGGAAGGGUGCUAGGAGAGGUGUCCAAGGGCACACAGCUAGGAACUGGAAAGAGUAAAAUGCUCAGGAGAGGAAGAGAGAAGAAAAGAUUCAGAAGGAGGGACACACAGACACAUUAAACCUGCUAGGGAAAGGAACCAGGAUAAUUGACUAUACCAGAAAAUUCAGGAUGAGAGGUUGCUUUACUCUUAGAUUACAUAAUGGGGCAGAGCUGUGGCUUUACCAGCUCUCUGCUUCUCACUAUGCCAUGUCUCCUGUGGGCUACCAUAAACUCCAAAGGCAGUAUUUAGGAAUUAAAUCAUGUGUUCAUUUGAAAGCUGGAAGUGCAGUUGUGCCUAGCCUAGGUGCAGACUACCGAAGGAGGGGACUUGGUUUCAUUGGGACAGGCUCGUUGAACUUCUUUGGUGCUUAGAUGAUCUGUGGCGGUCAGAGGAAAUGAGUUUUGCCAUUUACUGGAGCUGCCUUGCUCUUUGCUGGGUCUUGUGCCUUUGAAGACAGCAGUUGUGGUUAUGAAUCAGAUGAAACAUUUUUGCCAUGGACUUUAAAUGAAGAAGACUUGAUCCUGCAAAAUACUGAUCACUGAUCCCCAAUCAGCAAAACUUGUUUUUUUUGAAAAAGCACUUCACUCAGAGCCCAUCAGCGGCCCCAUUUAAUUCAGUGGAACCACUUAGAUGCUGGAAGGUCAUUACAUUUCUGUGGAUACUUCCUCCCAAGGAGAGAGAGCAGUACUCCUCAGUCCUGAACUGCAGACUGAAGAGUGGAGCUGCAUCAGACUCAUCUAUCAGAUUGCAACAAGUUUAGAGUCUUUAUCUGAUCCUACCAGGCUGAAUCUUUAUGUCAGGCAAGAAGGAGAAAGCUUUGAUCGUUUGCUGUGGUCAGCCAAGGAACCUUCAGAUAGCUGGCUUAUAGCCAGUUUAGAUUUAACAAACCGUACAAAGAAAUACAAAAUUGUACUGGAAGGUAUAUUGGGACAAGAUAAGUUUGCCAGUAUAGCAAUUUUUGAAAUUAAAAUAACUCCUGGAUACUGUAUUGACUGUGACUUUGAAGAAAAUCAUCUGUGUGGCUUCAGGAACCACUGGAACCCCAAUGUGAACUGGUUUGUGGGUGGAGGAAAUAUUCGGAAUUCACAAUCUAUCCUUCCUAGAGACCAUACGCUUAACAGUGAAUUUGGCCACUACAUGUAUGUGGAUUCUGUUUAUGUCAAGCAUUUUCAGGAAGUGGCUCAGCUAAUCUCACCUAGGACAAGCAUUCCCAUGUCUGGCUGUUUAUCCUUUUAUUACCAACUGAAGCAGGAGAGUGGCAUUGUUUUUACCCUCUAUAUCCGAGAUACAAGUGGCUUUUAUGAAGAGAUUUGGAAAACAGACGGUACAGUGAAUGAAGAGUGGAGUUUAGCAGAGGCUGACUUUGACUCACCAUACCCAGUAGAGGUUAUUUUCGAAGUUGCCUUCAAUAGUCCUAAGGGGGGCUAUGUUGCUCUUGAUGACCUUUCUUUCUCCCCAGUUUAUUGCAGCAAUCAGACAGGGCUUUCUUUCAAUCCUGCAGAGGCAAGCUGCAAUUUUGAGGAAGAUCUGUGCAAUUUUUAUCAGGAUCGCAAGGAUGGCCCUGGUUGGAGCAGAGUGAAAGUAAAGCCUAACGUGUAUAGGACAGGAGAUCACACUACAGGAUUUGGUUAUUACUUGCUGGCGAACACAAAAUUUACAUCUCAGCCUGGGUACAUUGGACGUCUGUAUGGCCCCUCUCUGCCAGGAAACUUGCAGUAUUGUCUGCGUUUUUAUUAUUCCUUAUAUGGAUUUUUCAAAAUGAGUGGUACUCUGGCUGUUUAUAUCUUUGAGGAGAAUCAUGUAGUUCAAGAAAAAAUCUGGUCUGUCUUGGAAUCCCCAAGGGGAGUCUGGACUCAAGCUGAAAUCCCCUUCCAAAAGCCCAUGCCUUGCAAGGUUGUGUUUGUGAGCUGGUGCAAAAGCUUUUGGGACUGUGGGCAUGUGGCUCUGGAUGAUAUAUCAGUGAGCCUGGGAAGCUGCCAAGCUGCUGAGACACUGCCAGCUUAUCCUGGAGAAUGUACUUUUGAAAAAGGUGAAUGUGCAUUCACCCAGGAGAGGAGAAACCGAAGCAGUUGGCAUAGGAGGAGGGGUCAAACUCCCACUUCUUACACUGGACCCAAAGGAGACCACACUACUGGGGUAGGCUACUACAUGUAUAUUGAGGCAUCCAACAUGAUUUAUGGACAGAAAGCACGUUUGACUUCAAGAUCAUUAAGAGGGAUUUCUGGAAAACAGUGCUUAACAUUUUUCUAUAAUAUGUUUGGAGCUGGGACUGGAAUAUUAAAUGUUUAUAUGAAAAAGGAAGGUGAUAGUGAAGAGACUCUGCUAUGGAGAAGAAGAGGUGAACAGAGCAUCACCUGGCUAAGGGGCCUGAUAGAAUAUGGCUGUGAUACAUACCAUCAAAUCGUAUUUGAAGCAAUUAGGGGAGUCUCCAUAAGAAGUGACAUUGCUAUAGAUGACAUUGUCUUCCAAGCAGGACCCUGUAUAGAAAUGGAAGACAUGAUUCUGCAUUCAUCAGGGUAUUCUGAAGACCUCAAUGAAAUUGAAUACUGAAUACAUUUUUCUGAUACAGUUGAAGAACUACAUAAGUUUUAUAUGUGAGGAACUGCACAACUCUGUGGGUUUUUUUAAAAGAAUGAUAAAUACUGUACUGUUUUGAAUAUGUCACUGAUAUGUACAGCAGACUCGGAGCACUUCUGCUCUUUGCAUUUGCAACAGAAUUAUUGACUCAGGGCUUUUCAAAUAUUUCUAUUGUAUUAUGUUGUGUUUUGCAUGUGACAUCAAUUAUUACAUAAGGGCUUUCCAUUUUGCACAGAUCAUUCAAAAAUACUUUAGAGCUUUUUUGUAAAUCUUUUUGGCAUAUACGUAAAGAGAAUUAAAAUCUGAUGUGCUAUCUUAAAUCUGCAUUCAGUGAAUGUUUUGGGUUGGGUAGAAAGUGGGUUCUGCUGUUUUUUAUUUUGAGGCUUAUACAUAUUUUGAAAUAAUGAAGUAAAUAGUAUUAGAUGUUAGUAAUACACUGCAGAUUGAAUGCAAUUAUUCAUUAUUACAAAUCUCUCAGAAGAUAAUCUCAUACUGGUAAUACUUUAAAUGUUCCAUAUGAAUGCUUUUUUGUUAUUUCUUGCCAGAGCAAUUACAGAAAUUAAUCUAUUUGUCAUCCAUGUGUAUAACAAAUAGACUUCCAUUAAUGUUCCAGUGCAAUUCAGUGUAAGUUAAUGCUUUAUUAAAAUGCAAUGCUGUUGGCUUGCAUGUCUUGGAGACAGCACACUUUUAAAAAAAUGUAAACAUAGUUAUUUAAAUAAAUUGGUUUAUACAUUCACAUAGAAUAUACUUUUUAUAUGCUGUACCCAACCACAACUAAUUUUCAUUUAUGUUAAUAAGAAAUUGAGUUCACACAACAUGUUAACUCAUAGGACGUGAUAUGUGUGUUUUUGUAUUCAAGAUUGCUGUUAUAAAAUUACCCAGCUAUCUAAUAAAAGUAAUUUUAAAUAA